CGCUCCCCUGCAGCAGUGUGUUUCUUUCCCCGGGCAGAAGAAAGUGUGUGAGCGUGUGUUUGUGUGUGUGUGUGUGCCAUCGGAGAGCAUGAAAGGCCUUGUCCUGUUGCUGUGCCUGACACUGGGCUGCCUGGCACAGAGACCUCAUCCAUGCCAAUCCCCGCCUCUUCUGACAGGAAGCCUUUCUGUGUCCUCCUCAAAUGAGAAGCUGAUGGCCUACGCCAAGUACAGCUAUGAUGCAUGGGGACAGCGUAUCCGCUUCAAACAGAUCGGAUCCUAUGAGAAUAAGACGUUUCAUGAAGAUGUACUUGUGCUCUACAAACAGGAAGUUUUGUACAAGAUCAACCAAAGGAACCAAACAUGUUGCAAGAAGCGGCUGCAUGGAUGCUUCCACCCGUUGGCGAUCCCACAGAAUGCUUCUCUGCUCGGCCAGUCUGUGCUGGGCAGCUCCUCGGCUCCUGGGCAGGGACUCCUGGUCAACACCUGGGUGGGAGAGAUGAUGACGAAGCACAGAGGGAGGGCUAAGUACAUGAGCACCGUCACUGAGUUUGGAUGCGUCCCUGUCAGCACUCUGUUCCACACUAAGCAAGAUGGAUGGAUGGUGACCAGUUUCUUCAACAACGUGCUGGGAAUCGUGGACCCUCAGCUGUUUUUCCCUCCACCGUUCUGCAAGGACGCCGAGCUGGAAGAGGAGGACGGAGAGGAACCAGCCGACUUCUACAGCUUGUUUUCUGAGUAGCACUCAAACGUUCCCAGUGGCCUCCAAGCUCUUUGGAAAAUCACAUCUUUGCUGUCUUUGAUAAAACUGUAGCAGAUUCAAAUUUUACAUUUAAAGGGGAUGAAUCAAGAAUGUCAAGCUGUUUUGCAUUUGUUUAUAAAAAUCUGAGUGAGAGCACAUUAGAGGAAAUCCAGCGCUGUAAUAAUCACUACUGUGUAUGAUUCUUGGGACCGGUAGCCUGUGUGUGUGUGUGUGUGUGUGUGUGUGUGUGUGUGUGUGUGUGUGUGUGUGUGUGUGUGUGUGUGUGUGUGUGUGUGUAAAAGAUUCGAAAGAUUAAAUUAGUGAGUGACUUUUGAUUUUCUUUUGGAUGAUGUCUUCACUUUUGAUUUCUUUUGGAUAUCUUGAAUCACAACUCAUUUAUGUCACAAACUAACCAGUGGACAUUAAAGUGUUCUAGAAAUUGUAGCAUAA